GGACAGCCGUGAUUUGGGGAGGAGUGAGGAAUUUGGGCCCAGGUCAGAUGAAGUGAGAGAACAGGAAUCACUAAAGUCCUGUCUAGCAACAGAGAUUGGCUGUCCAGAUGUGCGAGGAAGAGACUCAGUAUGGGACGAAGAACGAGCUCCCUCCUCCAUACUACUCUGUUGAGGUGCACACCCUUCCGCCCCUCCAGUCCUAUGAAGAGGCAGUCUAUGGAGUGGGUCCAAGGCCCACUCCUCCCAACCAGCUAUACUACAUCCCCCAGCACCCCCCACCAGUGGCUGCGCAACACAUCUGCCAGCCCAGUAUAUCUCUUCCCGACAACAAGAGGAAACACAAAUGCUGCCAGCAUAGUGCCAAGUGCUUUGGUGGCUCAGGAGGCAUCGUUCUGCUGCUCCUCCUGGCCAUUGCCAUCUGGCUCGGAGUGCAUUACGGUACCAGGUUGGCAACUACGGCUGCCACCCUCGACCACCAUGACAGUGAGGAUGAGGGGCACCCUGAGAAGCAGUUGAGCGUGCCCGCUCACGACACCUGCUCCAACUCCACCGUCCAAUGUGACGCUCUGCGGGACUGCCAACUGGGCACGGACGAGUCCAGCUGUGUGAGGUUUGGGGCGGACGGUGCUCUACAGGUCAGAACGUCUCAGGAUGGUCGUUUUCUCCCAGUGUGUUACCAGGGAUGGGACCAGAGCUACGCCAACAGAACCUGUGCCCAACUGGGCUUCAGAAAGUCCUUUGCAACCAAGGCAGUGAAGUCCCAGCAGUCAAUUGGUCUAACACUGAACAACAGAUCAUCUUUACCCAUCCAGGGCCAGGUCAAUGUCAGCUCGUCCUGCCCAGACCAGAAUACUGUCUCUCUGAAGUGUAUUGAUUGUGGACGUCAACAGUUGUCCUCCCGGAUCAUAGGGGGCAGUGUUGCCAAGCUGGGCCAAUGGCCCUGGCAACUCUCUCUCCACUUUGGUGGAUCACACAUCUGUGGAGGGAUCCUGGUGUCCCCUGACUUUGCGGUGACAGCUGCCCACUGCUUUCCCAGGUCGUUCCACCCGGUUCUUGAUGCCAGUAGGUGGCGUUUGUACGGAGGAGUGGUGUCACAAGACCAGCUUCCUCCUCCCUACCUCGUCAAGAAGAUCAUCGUGAAUGAGAACUACAACAAUGUAACCAACGACCAGGACAUCGCCAUACUGAAGCUGGCUUUACCAGUGGACUUCACUAAUGCAGUUCAGCCUGCCUGUUUGCCAGCCUUUGACCAGACAUUCCCCCAUGGAACCAAAUGCUGGACCUCGGGAUUCGGAACAACAGAUGAGGGGGCAGCAAAACCCUCCAAAGACCUGAUGGAGGUGGCCGUUGACAUCAUCGACGUACGUGUGUGUAACAGCUCCAAGGUAUACUCCGGCAGUGUGUCCAACAACAUGCUGUGUGCCGGAGAUCUCAACGGGGGCAGGGACUCCUGUCAGGGAGACAGUGGUGGUCCUCUGGUGUGCCAAGCCAGUGACAACCUUUGGCAGCUGGUGGGCGUGACCAGCUGGGGCACCGGCUGUGGGCAGAGUAACAGGCCGGGAGUCUACACCAAGGUGUCCAGCCUACUGCCCUGGAUCUACAGCAAGAUGCAGCUGGAAAGUCCGUGAUGCCACUUCCUUUCCAGUGACCUCGCCGCAUCCUGUCCCUAAAGACCGCUGGCGGCCUUCUUUGUCCUUCCUCUCUGAACACCACACCAUGAAGUCUUCUCAGAAUGAUACUAGAUUGACAGAUCAAGAUGGAUAGAUCGAUGGGUCGACAGAUGAAAAGAUGGCCGCUAGCUAAGGGAGUAGCAGGAAAGGCAUACUGCACUUUACUGUACCUUCUAAAAUCACAAAAUGCAUUGUGGUUACUGUAGUUAUGCCCAAUGGCUGCAACACUAUGUAAAAUAUGUGAAUGUAGGCCAAUCCAUUCUGGGCUCUGAUUCCAGUGUUGUGUUUGAAUGAUUUGAAAUCCCAUCUGUUUUUCUAAUCUUACGGUAAGGAUAUUUACCUGAGAUGGCUGGCCUUUCUCUUUUCUAAGUCUAUGCAAACCUCAUAUCCACUCACACCUCCCAUCUCUCCUAUGUUUAAUUUUUUUAUUAUCUAAUAUUUUGGGGGGAAGACUGCAUGCUUAUUUCUGUUUCAUCUAUAAGGAAUGUAGAGUGCUUUGUGAUUCAUCUCCAGAAAUGAUUUAGUGUUAGUUAUGUGAAACUCAUAGGAAAGAAAGGAGUAUAACUACUGCAAGGGACUGUACAUUGUUUAUAAUGGAGGGAUACCUGGAGAAAACCAGACCUCUCAGGAAAGCAAAAUGGAUGGCCCUCCCUUUAGUAAAAAUACAUGUUUACCCGACCCUCCCUGAACGCAUGAAAAAAGACAAGUGACCCUCCCCUAUACCCAAAAUAAUAAUGAAUGACUGGAGACAAGAGGAGACUUUAUUUAAUACCACAACAGAGCAUGGCAACGAAUGAGCGCAUGCUGCAGCCCGGAGACGUUUUCAUUUCUAUACAGGCUAUUGUUAAAAAAAAAAAAGAAUAGUCUAAGUUUGAAACAGUGCCAAAGUUGUCUAUCAACUGUAAAAACAACAGAACCAGAUACAACUGAAGUAUCUGAUCAGCAAUGAAUUCAAGAGAAGUACAUUUGUUGUUUAACACAGCAGCCGCAUAUCAUCAGGUAUGGCCUAUAAACACUUGUAACGCGGUAUUGUUGUUACAGAAUAGAUUUGUGUUGACUCUGGCAUAGAAAUCUAAACUCAGCAAAACAAAUAUACGUCCUCUCACUGUUAACUGCGUUGAUUUUCAGCAAAUUUAACACGUGUAAAUAUUUGUAUGAACAUAACAAGAUUCAACAACAGUCAUAAACUGAACAAGU